AUGUUUGCACGCCUCAAGUCCGAAGCCGACGUCAAACCAAAAGAAAACAACAGCACAGCCGCCAAUGGUAUCCCCAACGGCAAUGCGGUAGCACAGUCAGUCCGCGAGCCAGAGCGCUAUCAGAGCUCUGCUCCGGUGCUCACGUCCGUCGCAGAACGGAGGGAAUUGGCAGACAGCGCUCGAGUGCCCGUGCCUGGGCUGAACGGAAACGCUCGCCAGCCUGCCGGUCAUCAGCGCAGAUUCAGCCAGCCGCCGCCCGAGUCGGUGCAGCGAUCACACUCGCAGUCCCCCGCCAGCCAACAUCGCCACAUGGACAUCUUUACGGGCUCCCAACUAGGCGACAGCUUUAUGAAUUCUGGCCUAACCACGCCGCUGUACGAGCCAUCCGAAGCCGAUCACGAACCGAUACCCGACAGGAAGAAUGCCGCAGUUGCUGCUCCUGCGCCCGCUCCUGCCCUCACCACAGGCCCUGCCACCACCAGACCGGCCCCUCGCUACAAUUUUGACAAGAGAUUUCUCACGAGCGACAAUGCCACCUUUCAGAUUGGGGAUGAUCUCCUCAUGCGGGUAGUCCCGGGUACCAGGAACCACAACCCUACGUAUAUGAAUGAUGGCUUUAACAGAACCAUCGUCAACGGUUAUAACAAGCCGGCGGGACACUAUCGAACGAGCUACACGCGACCAGAACCGUUGCCGGAGAGGCAGCCCAGUUUGCCUGUGCGCGAGGUCAAGAUUCGUCACAUGCAAAAACCUAGGCAGUUGGAAUACGACAAUGGGCAGAAGAGGAGCGCGUCGCCUGCCUUUGCGAGCAGAGGGCGGCCAAUGAGAGGCAGAGAGGACGACAUGCGGCCCCUCAGCAGGUUCCGUGAACUCGAAGAGGUAGACGAGGAGGACGGGAGGCAAGGGGCAUUUGACGUGGAGGAGAACGGGGAUAUGGACGAUGGUACAUCUACCGUGGGCGGCCACCAAGAUGGCCAUUCGACACCAAGAAUUAGAAGGCAUCCCAUGUCGCCUCAGCGAGUUUUGGAGAGCGCCAUAGCCACGACCAUGCAACCGUUUCGGCCCUCCGCGCCAAAAGGCAAUAAACGCAGGCGGGAGAGCCUCGACUACGACGACAUGGCUCUGAGCACCAUGAGCUAUACCGAGCUACAGAAUGAGCCCUUUGACUUUGAUCCAUCCAAGGCGCCAACGCACGUUGGCUCGGGCGGCGCUGCGGGCUCUGCGGACACCCUCACCGCAAAGCUGGAGCAGUACCAACACCAGAGCGAAAAGGAGCAGCGCGCCCUGUUUCGAAGCAUGAACGUGGACGACUGGGAAGAGGCGGGAGACUGGUUUGCCGACCAGUUCCACGAGAUUAUGCACAAGUUGCGCGAGGCCAGGCGUAACAAGCGCCGGAUGAUUCAGGAGUUUGAGAACGAGGCGGCCGAUCGCGAGGCGGCAGUGCGGCUGCGAACGGAGGCAAUCGAGCGGAAGCUGGCCAAAAUGAAGCAAGACGGCCAGCGGGUGGUGACUCCGAACGAGGCGGCUAGCAGUGGGCGUUGA